CCCAAAACUUCUGCAAUAGUGAAGCAGCUGGUUGCUGAAGGAAAUGCGGGAGAACUGCAGAAAUACUUCGGCUCGCGGAUGGAGUUUGGCACAGCAGGGCUCAGAGCUGCCAUGGGAGCAGGGAUUUCCCACAUGAAUGACUUAACCAUUAUCCAGACAACCCAGGGAUUUUGCAGAUACCUUGAGAAGAAUUUCAGUGACCUGAAAAAGAGAGGAGUUGUGAUUGGUUUCGAUGCUCGUGCCCAUCUUUCCAGCGGAGGUAGUAGCAAAAGGUUUGCAAGACUUGCUGCUAACACCUUCAUCAGUCAAGGAGUUCCAGUUUAUCUGUUCUCUGAUGUCACACCAACUCCUUUUGUGCCAUACACAGUAACUCAUCUGAAGCUUUGUGCUGGAAUUAUGGUUACGGCUUCCCAUAAUCCAAAACAAGAUAAUGGUUACAAGGUUUACUGGGAAAAUGGGGCUCAGAUCAUUUCCCCUCAUGACAGAGGAAUUUCUCAGGCUAUUGAGGAGAACGAAGAGCCAUGGCCUCAGGCUUGGGAUGACAAACUGAUUGACAGCAGCCUGCUACUUCAUGAUCCAUAUGCCACGGUCAAUAAGGAUUAUUUCAAAGACAUACAGAAACAGUGCUUUCACAGGAAUAUAAACAAGGAAACAAACCUGAAAUUUGUUCAUACUUCUGUGCAUGGCGUAGGUCAUAAAUUUGUGCAGUUGGCCUUCAAGGCAUUUGACCUUAGCCCUCCUUUUGCUGUUCCGGAGCAGAAGGAUCCUGAUCCAGAAUUUCCUACAGUGAAGUAUCCAAAUCCUGAAGAAGGCAAAGGUGUCCUGACAUUGUCUUUUGCUUUGGCUGAAAAAGAUGGGGCAAAAAUCAUUUUAGCAAAUGAUCCUGAUGCUGAUCGACUUGCAGUGGCAGAGAAACAAGAGAGCGGUGAAUGGAAAGUGUUUUCUGGAAAUGAGCUGGGAGCUCUUUUAGGCUGGUGGAUCUUCACUUGCUGGAAAAAUAACAAUAGGGAUACUUGUGCCAUUAAAGACGUCUACAUGUUAUCCAGUACUGUUUCUUCCAAAAUCCUGAGAGCAAUUGCAUUAAAGGAAGGUUUUCACUUUGAGGAAACACUGACAGGUUUCAAGUGGAUGGGCAACCGUGCCAAACAGCUCAUGGACCAGGGAAAAGCUGUUCUUUUUGCAUUUGAGGAGGCUAUAGGGUAUAUGUGCUGUCCUGCUGUUCUGGACAAAGAUGGUGUCAGCGCUGCUGUCAUAACCGCGGAGAUGGCUAGCUUUUUGGCAACCAGGAAUUUGUCAUUGUCUCAGCAGCUGAAAGCUGUCUAUGAUGAGUGA